UUUUAUCUUGUUUGUAAUUUCAAUCGAGAUUUCAUAAAUUAUUAGCAUGUCAGAUUAUGUUGAAUCAGAAGCUGAACUAUCUUUAGAUGAAGAUGAAUUAAUUCAUCCACAAAUCAUAGAUAAAAAUUUAUUAAAUGAUGAGGAUGAUUCAGAAGAGGAGGAGGGUGAGGAUUUGGACAAAGAUUUAGAGGAUUUAAUAGACGAUAAUGAAGAUAUAGUUGAUAAUCAUUCAGACCUUAGUAGCACAGAUGGGGAGAAUCUUGAACAUAAAAAAAGGAAGAAGAAAAAAAAUAUUUCUGAUGCAGAAUUAGAAGAAGAAGACUAUGAGCUGAUUGAAGAAAAUUUGGGAAUAAAAGUAAAAAGGAAAAAAUUUAGAAGAAUACGGAUGGAUAGUGGAGAUGAAAGUACAGGCCAUCACUCAGACAAUGAAAAAGGGGCUAAAAAAAGUGACUCCAGAAAAAUUAUUGCCGAACAAUUAUUUCAGGAAAAUAGUGACGAUGAACAAAAUCCCAAAGAAACUUCUCCAAACCAUCCCAAAACAUUUUCUCGCAAAAAUGGCAAUCGUAAUAUUUCGCGUGACGAAGAAUUCGGAAUAGAUGAGGCAGAUUUAGCAGAAGCAGAUGAUUCGGAAAUAGAUGUAGACGAAGACGAUAUGGCUGAUUUUAUUGUUGAUGACGCCGCAGAAAGGAGAAGAACAAUGGACGGUGGUCGCAGGCGCAACCAAGCUGGGCAGGAUAAAAGAAGAGGAGGUGGUAAAUCCUUGAAUCACAAAAAAUAUGGAGCUGGAGGCUUCAAUGACGAUACUUUGCAACAAGCCCAAGACGUGUUUGGCUGUGAUUUCGAUUUUGGGGAUUUUCCUGGGGGUAAAAUCGAAGAAGAGGAACUGGAAGACGAUUUGGAAGAAGGUGCGGAUGGAUAUGAUUCUGCAGAAGAAUUUGAUGGCUCUGACCUUGAUCAACAUGAUAGCAACCAAAGGGGAAGACGAAAGAGGACCCAAAGGAAAAAAGAUGUAGUAACAUCGACCUCUCCUGCUUCCCGUUCACGCCUUCUACAAACGCUAUAUGAGCCUGCCGAGCUAGAAGCUCGUCACCUAACAGCACGGGAUGCUGCUAUACGUGCCUCGGAUGUGCCAGAGCGAUUUCUUACUCGUAGCGGAGGCGUUCGACGAACUGCUGCGGAUGCUAACGAAUUGGAAAGCGAGGCCGAUUGGAUAUUCGAGCGAGCGUUUUCCUGCGGGCCCUUGUCUAUUCAAGAAAUACCAAUGGGUGUUAAUAGCGUUCCUAAUGAGGAUCCCAUGAAUAACCUGGAUUACGAUGAAAGAAAUAAUCCCACCAACCAACCCUCCUCAUUAUUAGCCAACAGCGACCAGGAAUUUUAUAAGUAUUGUCAAGUCGGAUUAGACAUUAAUUAUCAACCCAAACCAGUGACUGCUAUAGCCAAGAUAAGGGAGGUCUUAAAUUUUUUCCGCAAUCAAUCUCUCGAGGUGCCCUUUGUAGCUCAUUAUAGGAAGGAGUGUUAUGAACCUGAACUUAACCUUAGCGAUUUAUGGAAGAUUUAUCACUGGGACGAAAGGUGGGUAGGUUUGAGGGACAAGAAAAACAAUCUGCUAGCCUCCAUGGAACAAAUUAUGUCCUUUUUGGAAGAAGUUAAAUACACGUCCUCUGUUGUCAACCCAUCCCAACCUAUGAAUCACGCCUCACUCUUGUCUAUCACUUACGAGGACCUGCCCAUUAUAACCGAUAUCGACUUAAUCAAGGUUAAGGCUGCACAGACCAUCGAAGAGGUCGAAGACUACAGACAUUGGUUCGCGCUUUAUUUUGGCCCUCUGAUUGAACAUAUAAAGAAGCUUUCCUUGAAUAAGCAAAAGAGAACUACAAAGGAUAACGAACAAGAAUCCUUAAAUAUAUUCGAAUCACUGGAUACGGACGCAAACAAAGAUAAAGAUAUAAGCGAUGACAUCGAAGAUAUAAUUCUAGAGAAAGAUGGUUCAAGAGUUACAGAACACGUGCUCAAAAAGUCGAAGAAAAGAGACUUUUAUUCCACUUGCCUGCGUAUGGGUUUGGGUCGGGUUGUUACUUCACAUUUUGGGAUAGCUGCUUGGCAAUUCGGUGAAAAUUUGAGGGACAAUUACCAAAAACAUGAGGUCACCCAAACCAACUUGGAACUAACCAAAGCCUUCAGUGCGGAAACUCUUCUAACCACUCAUUCCGAAAUGAUAAUUAAAAAAGAAAAAGAAGAGGAUAUGACCGAAAACAAUAACGAGAUGCGAGAAAUCCAAGUAUUUCUAGCUCGAAUGGCUCAAAGUUCGGAUACAGACGUAGACAUUGGCUUGAGCGAGGAAGAUAAGCUAACUAGCCGACUCAUAAUCGCUGCUCGUCGAAUUAUAGCCACGCGUAUAGCCGCCGACCCCUCUGUUCGUCGCUCGGUCCGAACCGCAUUUUUUGAACGGGCAAAAAUUUCGGUCCACCCUGCCCCAGCCCUUCUUUCCUCUAUCGCUUCCUUGACAUCUGGCCCUGAAUCAGAAACCGACCCCCUUUACGGCUGUCGGUAUUUGAAAGGAAAACCGGUGCGGGAUUUAAUAGGCGAUCAAUUCUUGAGGAUGGCUUGGGGACGGACUCAAGGAUACAUAUCCAUAGAUUUAGGCAUGACGGAAGAGGAUCACUCAAGCUUUUUCGAAGAACUUCGCCCCCUAAUUGAAAAAGAUGAAUUUGGUAUAAACGCCAGGUCAUGGAAUGAGCAAAGGUCCUUGGCGCUCAAUGAAUGCCUCACCAAAUUUCUAUACCCAAUAUUUUCCCAGGAAUUGGGAAUGAAAUUGCUAAGGGAAUCGGCAGACAGUGUACUAAAUAGUUAUGCUUUUAAGCUGUACUCGGCUCUCAAGGUAGGCCCCUAUAAGAUAGAGGGACCUCUGUUGGACGAACAUCCCGAUGAAGGUCCAAACGCUGGAAGGUAUCACGCAAACGAAGUCCGGGUUCUGGGACUAGCAUAUUCGCUCAAUAAAAUUAACGGGGUGGAAGUAGGAGGGGUGGCGACCGUCGUCGACAGAGAUGGUGCUCUAACUGCUACUCUGAGAUUGCCGAAUAUACUUAAAAACAAGAGAUCGAACUUUUCUGCUCGUGAUCGAACCCUGAAAGAAAGCGAGCUGGCCAAGUUACGUACAUUUCUGGGUGAACAUAGGCCUCACGUUAUAGCGGUAGGUACUUGUGAAUCUUCACGCCUUUGCUUGACCCUGAGAGAGGAAUUAAAAGAUAUUUGUCUCGAUCUCGAACAAACCCUCGAAAAUUUUCCUCCAGUGGCGGUCGUGUUAGUUGAAGAAGAUCUAGCUAAUAUAGUUCAACAGAAAAUCUCCCCAAAAGAAAACAUACCUAACAAAUCCGCUGCCACUAUGGCCGCUUCCCAAUCCAAAGACCUGAGUUCCGACAGUAUACUCAAACAUUCCACAAACUCUUCCCUUCUCAAAAAGUCUGCCUCAUUGGCCAGGCGCGUUCAAGACCCUCUAUUAGAAUUCGCUCAGCUUUUUCCUGAUUCUAGUCCUUCGGCUAAUUGCAUGCAAUCCAAUGAUAUAUUUUGUUUGAAAUUAGAACCCCUUCAAGAAUUGCUUACAGAUUUUACCAACGUGAGGGCGUUUAGUAAUAACGAUUACGUAACCCCGCAAAAUGAGGGUUCUAACGCCACCGAAAUAGCUAGGAAACGUCUCGAAAAUCUAGCUUUUACGACAACAAGCCCUACAACUACAUCCGAUAACUCGCUUUUCGCCUCCGACCUGCAUCGGGCUGCUGUUCGUUGCUUCGUUGAUCGUAUCAACGAGACCGGGGUAGAUUUAAACCGUCUCCUGAUUCGAGCCCAGGCUCGAACCAGCUCUGAACUUUCCGAAGGGCUUACCCCCAGAGACUGGGCCAACUCUAUAGUUCAGUUUGUGUCGGGGCUUGGGCCCAGAAAGGGUGCAGAACUUGUGAAAACGCUUGAGAAACGUCAACAAUCUCUAAAAUCUGCCGCAGGUCUACAUCAAGGGAUAAGUUACAGUGGUUCAGGUCCUAUAGCAGCUUUGCAAAAUAGGACGCAACUUGUUACCAUGUGUAGCAUGGGGCCCAAAGUUUUCGUUAAUUGCGCUGGGUUCAUCAAAAUUGACACGACCGCCUUAUCUGCUGCUGAAGAGGAAGGCAGAAACGCCGGUUCAGACUAUUAUGUAGAAAUUCUUGAUUCAACCAGAAUCCACCCUGAAACUUAUGAAUGGGCACGUAAGAUGGCGGUCGAUGCUUUGGAGUACGAUGAAGACGAGGAAGAGAAUGAAGAAGCUGAAGAGGAGAAUGAGGAGGACGAAGAAGAAUAUGAACGAAAGAAAGGAAAGACUGGAAAGAAAAAUAAGAAAGCCACAAAGCCUCGAGGCCCACUCGAUCCGGCUUCAGCCCUAGAAGAAAUAUUCGAAUGCCCCGACAAGCUAAAAGAUUUAGACCUAGACGCCUUCGCCGAAGAGUUAACCCGCCAGGGCUUUGGCAAUAAAACAGCCACGUUGUACGAUAUACGAUCUGAACUCACUAAUCGCUACAAAGACACUCGUAUCCCUCCUAUGGAGCCCACGCUGGAAGAAAGGUUCAACAUGGUCACUAAGGAAACCCCCCAGACCUUUUACAUAGGGAAACUCUUAUCCGUGCGAGUUUUAGGCUUAGCCUACGUAAACCCCAAAAAGGCCCUGGAGAGAUUAUCAGGAAAUUACGAUGGAGGAAACAACGAUAAUUUCGAUGUUAGUCGUAACUUCAACCCAGUUAGGAAUGAGGAAACUGGCCUAUGGACUUGCCCGAUAUGUUACAAAGCCGACUUUGGAGAGCUCAGCGAAGUUUGGCAGCAUUUCGAUUGUCAAUACUGCCCUGGCCAACCCGUUGGCAUUAAGGUGCGAUUGGAGAAUGGCCUAAAUGGAUUCAUCCACGUUAAAAACAUAUCCGACAAAAUGGUCAAAAACCCUGAAGACAGAGUCAAGAAUGGAAUGUCUCUGUAUGCUAGAAUCCUUAAAAUUGACAUUGAGAGAUUUUCGGUUGAACUAACGUGCAAAUCAUCAGACUUAGCCGACAUUAAUAACGAAUUCAAACCUCCCAAAGAUUUGUAUUAUGACUACGAUGAAGAAGCGGCAGACAUUAAAAAAGCCACCAGCUUGGCCCAGCUUCAGAAAAACGAAGGAAAAUCGAAAAACUCAUCCGGCUACAUUAUAUGCAAACGCGUUAUAUCUCAUCCUAACUUCAAAAACGUCACAUUUUCUCAGGCCCAAAGUUUGCUCGAAGCGAUGCCCGCCGGGGAAGCUCUUAUAAGGCCUAGUACAUCUAAAGGCAGCGAUCAUCUAACCUUGACAUGGAAAAUCGUUGAGGGAAUUUAUCAACACAUAGAUAUCAAAGAAGAAGGAAAGGACAAACCUUUUACCCUUGGCAAAUCUCUGUGGAUAGGUAACGAAGAAUUCGAGGAUUUGGACGAGAUCAUUGCCCGUCACAUAACCCCCAUGGCUGCUCUAGCACGUGACUUAACUUCCCACAAGUAUUAUUAUGAAGAUCCUACAGCGACAGCUGCAACUGGCAAUUUUAAUCAGAAUGGGGAAGAAAGUGAAGCAGAAGGAGGCGUUAAACGGUUGUUAGAAUAUUUGUUACGCGAGACCAAAAAGGGGGCCCCACUUCGUAUACCAUACGCUUUUGGACCCUCCAAGGAUUAUCCUGGCAAAUUUCUUUUAGCCUACAUGCCACGCACCAAUCCCCAUUACGAAUACGUUACCAUAACAUCUCAAGGUUUAAGAUAUAGGAGUCGCAUAUUUGGUUCGCUGAAUAGCUUGAUUCAUUGGUUUAAAGAACAUUUUAGGGAGGCCCCUCCUUCCUAUCAAUACACUCGAGCCAACGAUAAUAAUAAUCUCAGAAACGAUUACAACACUUCAGCAAACCAAUAUUUCCCUGAGGGCGGAAAUAACACGAAUGAUUAUAAUACAGCCAGCAAUUAUACUCCAUCUAAUUGGUCCACUAAUAUUAGGAAUUAUUAAAUAUGGUAUUUUGGGUGUUAGAAGUAUGAUAUAACUAAAUACUUUUUAAUGUAUUCGCUUACCAAAUCAAUUAUAUUUAAAAUUAGGAAUCUUGUAAAUGUAUUAAUUAUAAUAUUUCCACUUAUAUUAUGAAUUAAAUUAUUUAUAAACGUUGUUUUUAUAUAUUA